UCACAUGAUGAAGGGCUAAGUAUAUGCAAUACAUCCGCUCUACACUUCUCAGGCAUAUCUCAAAAUUGGAUAUUUUAAGAAUUCUUUUCGCACUGGUAUCAACGCAAAUUUGUUGAAUUUUCAAAUUUACUGUCCCUUGCCCCCAUAUAACACUGUGUUUACUCAUACAUGUAGUUUGUGAUAACGUAUGCAAACUAUCAACCGUUGUAGGUGUUAAAGUGGAUAGUAAAAUGUCGGACGUUUUGUUUACAUUGGUAGCCGGAUUUUUUAUACUGAUAUUAUGUAGGCUAGCACUUUUUUGUUACAAGUACCUGAAAUUUUGUCGUCUGCUCCGAAAGCUACCAGUAACCACCGAUCGGGAAUCUUCGGAAAGGUCAGAUAAAGGACUCCCGCACAUACGUCGACCUUGUCCUCAAGGAAACAAAUGAAAGGAAAAGGAAGCUUCUGCUUUUGUGGUUUGGACCUUUUCCGUCAAUAUCCGUCACUCAUCCGGACACAUUUAAGCAACUUGCGAAACAGGUGCCCCUUAAAGCUCGUGGACCAAUGGAUGGAUACACGUUCUUCGAGCCCUGGCUAGGAGAAGGUUUACUGAUAAGUGGGGGCAAGAAAUGGGAAAGAAACCGUAAGCUUCUCACACCGGCGUUCCAUUUUGACAUUCUUAAUGGCUACGUGAAUGUAAUGAAUGAGACAGCAGACAGUUUACUGGCAAAGUUAGCCGACGCUUCAAAGAAUGACAAAGUUGUUGAUGUAUUUCCGUAUGUGUGCCGGGCCUCACUUGAUACAAUGCUACGGUGUUCUCUAUCGUAUGAAGAGGACCUGCAACAAACCACCGUUUCAGGUUAUUUAGAUACUGUGAGAAGACUAUCCGAAAUAAACUGGGAAAGGUCACUGCGUCUAACACUACUGUCUGACACUGUUUUUAAAUGGUCUUCAGUUGGGAGAGAGUUUUACCAACUAUGUGACCAGGCUCACAAAUUUACUGGCGGCAUCAUUCAAUCAAGAAAAAAGGAACUGGAAAAGCAACCAAAUAUUACGCAACAGAAGCGGCGCCUAGACUUCUUAGAUAUUUUAUUAACUGCACGUGAUGAGCACGGACAGGGGCUGUCGUCACAAGAAAUUCAGGAUGAGGUCGAUACUUUCACUUUCGAAGGUCAUGAUACAACGUCUUCAGCCAUUAGCUGGACUAUUUUCGCUCUUGCCAAGCAUCCAGAACUACAAGCAAAGGUGUUUCAUGAUGUCAAAGGUGUUCUGAAAGAUCAGGACCUUGUAACAACAGAUCAUCUAGGAAAGUUUACAUAUCUACCGCUUUUUAUAAAAGAAGUAUUGAGGUACUAUAGCCCUGUACCCAUGGUUGGUCGAAGACAAACAGACACACCUGUUGUUAUAGACGGCAUAGAAAUACCUGUAGGAGUGAGCUUCUGGAUACAGAUAUACUGUAUACAUCAUAACAAAGAUGUCUGGCCGAAUCAUGAGGUUUUCGACCCAGAACGAUUUCAAGCAAGCAAUAGAGAUGACACAGAUAUCUACGGAUUCAUACCUUUUUCUGCGGGCUCUAGGAAUUGCAUAGGACAGGUUUUUGCAAUGAAUGAAAUCAAAAUAACGAUUGCAAAGCUAUUGAGCAGGUUCGAGAUUUUAUUGGAACCUGGGAACGAGCCAGUUCUGCUCCCUGACGUCAUCAUGCGAUCUGAAAAUGGAAUUAGUGUUAGGCUUAAAGAACGAAAGAAUUGAAACUAUUGACAACUUUUAUAAAAGUCAUAUGCUUUGCUUUUGUUUUGAAUAUUGUUCUUUUGAAAAAUUCCAAAGAAUAUCAAGAAAUGCCAUACCAUAAGCAUGUCAUGGUCGGGCGUUUUCUUUGUCCUGUGUUUUGCUAUUUUUAGUUGAUAACUGCUAUGUACAAUUGUUGUUCAAGUUCAAUACAUUAUGAACACUUCUUUAAUGGUACUGACUUUCCCAUCGUAUGACAACAAAAAAGAGAGAAAAUUUUAGAUAACAUGAAAUAAAUGCUAUAUUUCUGAAGAAGGCUUUGAAACUUAAUAACUGACAGAUUAUAU